GGAUAUUGAUUGUAAUGGUGCCAAAUAUAAAGAAAUUUGUAAUGGUGCUGAUAACAAAGUAGCUUGUAACAGUGCUGAUAAUGAUGUAGCUUAUAGUGAUGCUAAAGAUAGAAUAAUAUAUAAUGGCACUAAAGGUAAAGAUACUUGUAUUGUUAAAGAUAAAGAACUUUGUAAUGAUAAUAAUGAUAAAGAUUCUUGUAAUAAUUAUAAAGAUAAUGUUGAAGGUGAUGUUAAAGAUGGUAUUAGAGAUCAUUUUUUUUUGACUGAUGUUUAUAUGCGAAUAUUGGAUGU